GUGGGAUCCGCCCGCAAUGAUCAUACUUAAAUUAGAAUCCUGUAGUUUGGAUCAGUCAGCGCCACAACUGUGUAGUGUUUGCACUUGUGUGUAGUCUUCCAUGCAGUUCAACAUGGCCGCCAACGUAUUCUUCAUCAUAACCAUCUCUUACUUUGUAGUGGUGUCAGGAAGUUUGAUUGGCUUGCCGUCGUCUGACUCUGGGAAUAACUGCAGGUAUGAGUUCGUCGUCCCGGAUAAAACCGGAAUGUGCAGUAAUGGGAAUGCAGGGCUUAACAAGAAGAUUGCAGACGUGAAGGAGGAUUUGGACAGGACACGCUUGCAGUACGUGUCUGGGAACACGAUUCUACAAGAACAGAUGUCCAAGAUCCAGAACACUGUGAACACUUACGGCAGUCAGAUGAACGACCUCUACGGCCAUCUCCGACAACUCGAGAGUCAGGUGAGCAGUUUCCCGUCAUCCCUCGGCCCCGGAGGAAGUAACGAUAUACAACGACUCGUCCGUACCACUAAGGACUACUUCAACCAAGCUCUCGUUGAUAUGCAAAACAAACUGUUUAACGUCACAUACAGUUUCCAGAAAGAUGCUAUUGAGCAGUCAAAGGUGAACGCUGCCGUUGAAACUCAAAUACGCAGUCAAGAGCAGAAAACUAAGCAAGCCGAGGCCAAGAUUGAAGAUCUAUUGAAAAUGGUUCAUGCUCUACAGGGAACGCCCUCUGCAACAGCAGGCACUGGGAACAUCAGCCCUGCUAUGUUGAGUGAAGUCAAGAGCAAGCUGCAGUCUUUCGACCAGGAGAUUCAAAGAUACGACCAGAUGCAACAGCAACAGUUUUCGGCCCUUCAACAGAAGAGCAACACCCUAGCAUUGCAGCUCAGUAACCAUAGCCAGGCCCUCAACGACCUCAGCACAGAGUCCCAGGCGCUCAUGGCGAGAGUUCAGACAUCAGACACUAAAGCAGACCAGGUGUCGAGAAAAUUCUCACAGUUCCAGACAGUCAACCAACCAAGGAUCAACAACCUGGAAACUGAACUAACCCAAAUCAAAAACGAAACGGAUACACUCAAGAGUGAGUUGUCUGGUGUUGCCACAAAUGCAAUGCAAGCCAAAGUUCUCAGUGGCAAGGAAAUGACAGAUAUCAAGGACGCUCAGCAGAGCAUCGACUUGCUCGAGCAUCGACUCCAGCAAGUCUUGUCCAACGCCAACAAUCAACCAGUGACGCAAGUCCAGUUGAAGCAGAUGCAUGACGAUAUUAAGAGACUUCAACAAACCAUAGCAUCUCUCCAGAAACAACCAACGACACUUGAUCUGACAACCACGCUUCCAGUACAACCCGGGACCCAGGUGCCGGUGCAACCGAAAACAGCGUCCGUGAAGAUGGUGGCUCCCACGCUACCAGUACAACCCGUGACCCAGAUGCCGGUGCAACCGAAAACAGCGUCCGUGAAGAUGGUGGCUCCAACGUUACCAGUACAACCCGGGACCCAGGUGCCGGUGCAACCGAAAACAGCGUCCGUGAAGAUGGUGGCUCCCACGCUUCCAGUACAACCCGGGACCCAGGUCCCUCUUUUACCGAAAACAGCGCCCGUGAAGAUGGUGGCUCCCACGUUACCAGUACAACCCGGGACCCAGGUGCCGGUGCAACCGAAAACAGCGUCCGUGAAGAUGGUGGCUCCCACGCUUCCAGUACAACCUGGGGCCCAGGUGCCGGUACAACCGAAAACAGAGCCCGUGAAGAUGGUAGUCCCCACGCUUCCAGUACAACCCGGGACCCAGGUCCCUCUAUUACCGAAAACAGCGUCCGUGAAGAUGGUGGCUCCCACACUUCCAGUACAACCCGGGACCCAGGUCCCUCUGUUACCGAAAACAGCGUCCGUGAAGAUGGUAGUCCCCACGCUUCCAGUACAACCUGGGGCCCAGGUGCCGGUACUACCGAAAACAGAGCCCGUGAAGAUGGUGGCUCCCACACUGCCACCAGGACAACCAAUGAUCCCAACGCUUCCAAUGGUUGUGCCGACGCUCCCAGCCGACAAGAAGUAGAGAGCAGUGUUUUGCAAUUAAAUCAGGGUUACUACUUUAGAGACUGAUGAAAUCAGACUUCUGCUGUAAAAUUAACUAUCUAUUGCGAGCCAUUUCUUCUAUUUUUGCGUGGGAUGUGUAUAAUGUCAGCGAUUUGUGUAUGGUUCAAGAAAGGAAUGAAUAAAUAGAUUCAUCUCA